AUGGGUGUCCCUAAGUUUUUCAGGUGGCUCUCAGAACGCUAUCCGACGAUAUCGCAGCUCAUCGCAGAGAAUCGAAUUCCAGAGUUCGAUUGUCUCUACCUCGACAUGAAUGGCAUUAUCCACAACUGCACACAUAAGGACUCGGAUUCUCCCACUUUCCGUAUGACAGAAGAUAAAAUGUUCAUUGCUAUAUUUAACUAUAUCGAACACCUUUUCGGAAAAAUAAAGCCAAAGAAGCUCUUUUUUAUGGCCAUUGACGGUGUGGCCCCUCGAGCCAAGAUGAACCAACAGCGAGCACGGCGCUUUCGCACAGCUUUAGAUGCAGAAGUGGCAAAAGAAAAGGCAAUCAGGGAGGGAGUUGAGAUGCCGAAAGAAGACGCAUUCGAUAGCAAUUGCAUCACGCCUGGGACGGAGUUCAUGGCCAAGCUCACAAAGCAGCUAAAAUACUUCGUCAACAAGAAGGUAUCAGAAGAUGCAGAGUGGCAAGGUGUGGAAAUAAUACUAUCAGGUCACGAGGUACCCGGUGAAGGAGAACAUAAAAUUAUGGAGUAUAUCAGGCAAGCGAAAGCCCAGCCGGAUUAUAACCCAAACGUUCGCCAUUGCCUCUAUGGCUUGGAUGCGGAUUUAAUCAUGCUUGGGUUGCUUAGCCACGAUCCUCAUUUUUGUUUACUCCGAGAGGAGGUCACAUUUGGGAGACAAACUCAGAAGAAAGUACAGGAGUUAGAACAUCAAAAUUUCUUCCUUCUGCACCUCUGCAUUGUUAGAGAGUAUUUAGAAAUGGAGUUUCAGGAAUUACAACAACAAGGUGUUUUGAAAUUCGAUUUUGAUAUGGAGCGCAUUAUCGACGAUUUUAUUUUGAUGGCUUUCUUUGUCGGAAACGAUUUCUUACCAAACCUUCCAAACCUGCAUAUAAAUGAAGGCGCAUUGGCGUGGAUGUUCAAGAUAUACAAAGAAGUUUUACCGAAAUUGGAUGGGUAUGUCAAUGAGCGUGGCUCCAUCAAUUUAAAACGGCUGGGUAUUCUUUUGGAGUCCCUUGGGGAUGUUGAGUUUCGUUUUUUUGAGGCCGAGUAUUCAGAUGCCCGAUGGAUAAAAUCCAAAAUUACCAACGGAGAGGAUUAUAUGGACGUGUCUAGCGCUCCCCGAAAACUGACCAUCUCACCUGCACAAAAGAAGAUACUUACCAAAGUUAAAAAAUAUGUUUCCCUUCAUCCCGCUGACAGUAAAGGGGAUUCCGCCCCUCUUGAUAUGCCAAUCUCUCUGCCUGCAAGAGAUCGAAAAUUUGUGGAACAGCUUGCGGACGAGCUUCACAUUCCUUGGACAACGGUGGUAAACGAGCAAGGCGAUCGAUUUUUGAGACUCCAGCUUCCAGAAAAGCAGAGCUCCAUAGAUGAAUCAGACGGCAAUAGUGUAUCAGAAAAUGAUGAAGAAGCACAGAUUGCUGUGCUAAGGGUGUUUAAAAAGUACGAAAAUGCAGAAAUUAAGGAGACAACUGCUGAGGAUGCACAAAAGGUUGCUGAACAGAAAUACGAACAGAAGUUCCAGGAGUGGAAAAACAAAUACUACCAGGAAAAGUUUGGCUGGGACACUGGAAACAACGAAGAAAUGAGAAAACUGACGGAAAAUUAUGUUCAGGGACUACAAUGGGUAUUGUAUUACUACUAUAGGGGCGUGGCUUCGUGGCCGUGGUUUUAUCGAUAUCACUAUUCCCCCAUGAUAUCCGACGUGAAACGUGGACUGAAUGCUGAUAUGGAUUUUCAGUUGGGCCAGCCUUUUUUCCCGUUCCAGCAGUUGAUGGGAGUUUUGCCGGACCGCAGCAAGAAAAUAGUGCCCGAAGCAUUCCACGUCCUGAUGACUUCUCCAGAGUCGCCUAUUAUUGAUUUCUAUCCUCGCGAUUUUGAAUUAGACAUGAACGGCAAAAAAAUGGCAUGGGAAGCGGUCGUUAAAAUCCCUUUCAUUGAAGAGAAGCGCCUCAUUGCAGCAAUGUCUACGAGGCAGCAUUUAUUAACCCCCGAAGAAAAUGCAAGGAAUAGUUUCGGCGCCACCCUGAAAUUCACCUAUUCUCCGUCCAUUGAAUUUUCGUAUCCUAGUUCCUUCGUGGGUGUGUUUCCUGAUAUCGCUAAAUGCCACUGCAUAGAAAAUGUCUAUGAAUUGCCAACAAUGGAGGGAUUAGAACCAUAUGUCGGGCUUAUGGACGGCGUGAAGCUAGGGAAUGAAGCGUUGGCUGGGUUCCCCAGCUUGAAAACAGUACCGCACGCGGGGCAAUUAGGUUUCCAUGGCGUUACUGUAUUUCAACAGGAAAGCCGCAAUGAAAGCAUGGUCGUUACUUUGACUGCACCAGAAGCUUGCUCAACAAGUGAGACCGCCAGGUCGAAGAUAGGGAAAAGAGUACACGUUGGAUACCCAUUCCUCCACGAGGCUUUGGUGAUGCGCGUUUCAGAUGAACUGUUUGACUAUAUUCAAUCAGAUGACAAGAAACAAAUUGUCUCUAUUCCACACACCCCCAUGCAAAUCGAGCAAUGGAGAAGAAAGGCGGACAAGAUCGAAUCAUACUACAGCAAGAAGUUGGGUACGAUAAUUGGUGAAGUGGAAUCGAUCGUACAUGUUCAUGUGUUAAAGGGCCUUGUUAAAACGGAGCACGGGGCUACUGUGAAAGAAUUUGUGGAAAUUCCGGGCAUUGAAACUGAUUAUGCGUCACAACUGAUCGUGGAUGAAGUCGUGAGCGAAGAUGCCCGAUUUAUUGAGCAGGACGCUGUUCCCGUUGAAGAAGAAUUUCCUGAAGGGACCAGAGCGUUUUUCUUGGGCGAAUAUAACUACGGCGCCGCAGUACAUAUUACUGGCCAUGAGGCCGGAAAAUUGGAAGGCCUUGUUUCUAUUACAAAAGGCUCGAAGGAGCCCGAGUUUGGCCGUACGCAGGUUGCCAUCGCCGAAAAGUCUUCUCCAUACACACCGGCCUUUGCUGUUGCUCGGAAUUUACAAUUAAAUCCACUGACAGUAGCAAAAAUUACCUCCUCAUUUUCCGUGAUGUCCGAAGGAAAGCGAAUCAAUCUAGGCCUGAAUCUCAAGUUUGAAGCCAAAAAACUUAAAGUCUUGGGUUAUUCUCGUCGCAGCCAGAACGGCUGGGAGUUUAGUGAGAAAGCAGUUGCCCUUCUGCAUGAAUACAUGCUCAAGUUUCCAGAUUUCAUUGCUGGAAUCCAACGCCAUCCUCGAGGAGACACCUUUCAGCCCACCGAUUUCUACCCGCCGGAGACUGCCAACACAAAGAUCAAGGAAAUUCAAGACUGGUUAAAAUCCGUAGAAGCGAAAAAUUUCGAACGGGUUCCAUUAGAUGCCGAACAAUUAGAUUCGGACGUUGUUGGCGCCAUUGAAAAGGCUGCCGACGAGGGGUUCCAAGCGAGGCGAGCGAUUAUCCCCCAAAAAAUGAAAGGGGUUCCGCGAAACGCUUUGUUAAAACCUUCUGAUGCCGAACAUCGCUUGGGAAAUCAACGCUUUUCUCUUGGUGACAGGGUGAUCUAUGCCCAGGAUUCAGGAAAAGUGCCGAUUGCCACCAAAGGCACUGUAGUCGGCUUGACGCGCACAUCCAGGAUAUUACUUCUCGAUGUUAUUUUUGACGUUUCCUUUAUGAGUGGCACUACACUGGGUGGCCGCUGCUCACCAUUUCGAGGGCAAACUGUCGCCGCAUCGUCGGCAUUGAACUUGACGGAUAAGCAACUGGUGGCUGGAACUCGUGCUGCCAACCAGCAGGCCAAAGCUCAACAGCAACAACAGCGAUCCGGUACCCAAGUUUACGGUGCUCCUCUGGGACCAGGGAGGCAGCUUAGAGAUGCUCCGGCCCCGCCGCCCCUUAGGGGGUCCUUCCGGUCUGCCGUCGUCGGGGACGCGAAUUCCAGGGGUGGCGGCGUCGCUCGCGGCCGUGGCAGCUCGCAAACGCUACCGUUCCGCGCCCAUCCUAAUGGCGAUGCUUCACGAAAUCAUCCCUCAGCUACUUCCCAGGGACAAAAUUGGCGUGACAACCACCAUUCGCCUAGCAAUGGUGGAACAAAUCGAAAUUCCGCCGGCACGUCGUCUACACUUGCUGGUCGCGGUGGCCGAGGCAGGGGGAGCGGCACUGCUAAUAUUCCUUCUUCUCGGGGCGGAUACGUGCCAGUAGAGAGAGUUGACCCCGAGGCCGGCGUUCUUCGGCAAAACCCAAACUUCAGGCCACGGCCAUAUAAUGCGGUCCCGCCACCUUCGAAUUUAAACGAGCGUGGUGCCCAUCGUGGUCGAGGUCGUGGCUUUUCGCGAGGGAGAGGUCGAGGGGGGGUCUACCGCGGAAGAGGGGCAGCCACUGCAGAAACGUAA